AUGGCAUUGACACUGUUGUCUUCUCCUAUCAACUGGAUACUAAACAUCGCCAUUUGCGUGCUGUACCCCGCAUACCUCACGUUCAUGCAUCUAUACCACGGUGUCUUACACGAUACACCAAAGGAUGGCGCCGAAGAUCCAAGGAUGAACAGCGGCCUUAUCGCACACUAUAUACAGUACUGGACAAUAUACGUACUAUUUGUCAAGCUGGAAGCAUACGCAUUGUCAUAUGUUGUACCAUACAUACCAUUUUUCUACGAGGCAAAACUGGUGACAUUCUACUGGCUGGGAUCAGACCACUUCAAGGGAGCGGGGUACCUCUUCCACCGAUACGUUAUGAAGAACAUGAUGAAUAUGGUGAAGGUGUUGAGGAACGAAAUGGACACCAAACUAGACGCUCGCCACCGAAAAACAAUAAUUGAAUUGAGCCAUCAUCUUGGUAGCGUUGAUGAUGUCAAAUUCACAAACAUGGAAUAA